AUGGCGUCUGCCCCAACGGAUUCUACCUCCGGUAUCGAAAUCUCAAACCAGGGUCCCAAUGCAGAUUCUCUGGUCAACGACGCGCUCACGUCAUACAAGAAAACCUUACAGAAGCAUUCCGCUAUCCUUGAGAGGGAAAGAGUUAGGGUACAGCAGGACGAACAACCCAACCAUCCCGGAGAUGAUGAGGACAAUAACAAUGGCGGAGAUGGCAACGAUGGCGACGACGACGGCUUUAAUUUUGAACUUGAGGUGGCCCAAUGUAGGCGUUCAAAUGUCCUCGGGCUCCUUAAGAUCAAAGACGAAGCAAAGGUUCCUCAGACCGUGGUAGAUUCGAUGGUUUGUAGUACCACCCAGGUGGUUCAAAAUAGUGUUGACGUUUUGUACUCCGGGGUACAAGAAUGUCUGAAGAACGCUGGUUUGCAGCUUGAAGAUAUCCCUGGAGUUUCCGAACUCUUUGGCGAAUCCAGCAGCAUCCGAAGACCAUUCGAGGAGUGCCUGAACGAAAACUCUCAGCUACAAUACUACAAAAAAAAUUUAGGAAUGGUGGAGCCUAAAAAGGUUGUCAUGGGUCGCUACCACAAGAAAAUCAGAAAGGGAAACAAACUUGUGGAUGUUGAGAAAGAGGACAAGGCAUAUUACGUCCCAAUUUUAAAGAGUAUUCAACAGCUCUUAACAAAUGAUGCUGUUGUUGAAGAGAUUGACAACCCACACAACCGUAAUGAUGGCUUACUGGGGGACUACUGUGAUGGUGAAGAAUUUAAAACACAUCCAUUAUUUAGCAGGGACAGACAUGCUCUUCAAAUAUUCCUAUUUUUUGAUGAGCUGGAAGUAUGCAACCCCUUGGAUCCCGAGCAAACACUCAUAAAAUUGGAUACUGGUUUUGAAUUUGAAGUACACGGUGAAAAGAGGAUCUUCAGGGGAACUAUUGCAUAUGCCUCAGGAGAUAACCUUGGAUCUCAACUAUUGGGGGGGUUUAAGGAAGGAUCUCAAGCCCAUCGGAAAUGCAGAGAGUGCAUGGGACUUGCAGAAAAAAUUCAAACUAAGUUUCAUGAAUCAGAAUUCACAUUACGAACAAGGGAUGGCUAUGAAGUUCACUGCAGACAUCUUACUCGUGCUGAUUAUUUCAGUACUGCAUAUGGCUUGAAUAGGAGGUCUCCUUUGAACAACUCAAGGUAUUACCAUGUAGUAGGUGGACUACCUGCCGAUGCCAUGCAUGAUGUCCUAGAAGGAGUACUGCAAUAUCAUACAAAAGAGCUACUGAAGUUCUGCAUUCUGGAGCAGAAAACAUUCACCUUGGAUGAACUUAAUAAGAGAAUAACUUCCUUUGAUUAUGGGUAUCACAAUGACUCGAACAAACCUGCGCCAAUUUUGAGGACAAAACUCACUUCAGAAGACCAUAGUCUCAAACAACAUGCAAAUGAGAUGUGGUGCUUGGGCCUGUUUUUGCCACUGUUGAUUGGCGAAUUUCUUACAAAAGAUGACGAUCACUGGAGUGCAUACUGCACACUACUUGAAAUUGUGCGCAUUGUCUUCUCGCCGUUGAUCAGCAAGCAGCAAAUACCAUACCUGCAAAUUCUGAUCCAGAACCAUCACGAAGGAUUUAAAGCUUUGUAUCCACACGCCUCUGUCAUCCCAAAAAUGCAUUAUAUGAUCCACAUGCCAAGAACAAUGUUACGGUAA